CGAUGCAUAAAACUGGCCUCCACUCUGCUGAGAGCCUUCAAUGCGCAACAAUCGGCAAUGCCUGCCCAAGAGACUAGAAACAUGACCGGAGGACGCCAUCCGCUUAACGUCAAGUUUAUUCCAAUUCCUGAAACGCUUCCAGAGGAUGGCCAAUUCCGUCAGGAUUUCCCGUCGUACACUGAUGGACUGGUCGAAGCCUCUCCAGGUGGAUACAUCACUACCACUCAAGUGUUUGCCGAGAACGCAGAAAACAUUUACAACCUGAAACCGCGGCCAGACGAUGUGUUUGUUCUUACUUUUCCAAAAUCAGGGACGACGUGGACGCAAGACCUGGUAUGGCUGCUGAUGAACAAUUGCGAUUUUGAGCGAUCGAAAAUCCCAUUAGUGAUCCGUUCACCAUUUCUAGAGAUGAAUUAUUACGUGCCGAAAGCCUUGCAAGAGAAAUACGAACGUGACGCUAUCGUUAGCAAAAUGAGGCUGCCGGCGUUUCUUGUCGAUCUGAUGUACCGCUUUAACAUCAUGGAUGUGGUGCGGCCAGCAGUUAUGAAAAUUAUGAACCUCGUAGUUGGAGAGGCCGUACGCGAUUUGAACCAGCUCGAGCGCAUGAAGUCACCGAGGGUCUUCAAAACUCAUUUGCCUCUUUACUUGCUUCACCCAGAAUUGCUAGAAACCAGCAAGGUCGUUUACGUUGCCCGUAACCCGAAAGAUGUCAUCGUAUCCUACUUCCACUUUCACAAACUGAUGAAUCAACACAAAUUUACAGGCGAUCUCGAAUCCUUCGCCGACUAUUUCAUGAAAGAUAGACUGUACUCUUCUCCGUAUUUUCCGCAUUUGCUUGAUGCUUGGACGAAAAGACAUCAUCCCAAUCUCCUGUUCGUCUUCUACGAAGAUCUCAAACGAGAUUUGAGAGGUGAAAUCCUGAAAAUUGGACGUUUCCUCGGGAAAUACCCGAACGAACAUCAGCUCAAUCGGAUGGUGGAACAUUUGCGCAUCGACAAAUUCGCCAACAACAAGUCUGUCAAUUUUGAACACUACAGGUGGUUAAAUUUCAUGAGUCCCGACGGUCGAUUCAUUCGUAAAGGUAAAACCGGUGAUUGGAAGAACCAUUUUUCCCCAGAGCUUAAUGCCCGAAUCGACGAUUGGAUGAAGUCCAAUCUCAAAGACACCGAUUUGAGUUUCAUCACAGAACUUGAGCAACAAGAUUAAUCGUCAUCACAUCUACCACAUACAAACAAAUUACAUAAGAACACAUCACUAUAUUAACAUUUAUUCAAGAGUAUUCCACACAACUUACAUUGCAUACGCAAUGUCAUUUAUCGCUAAAUAAAUGGAUCUCCUAUAUCGAA